AUGGCUGAUCCACGUAUAAGAACAUUAAAAAUCAAAACAGGUGUUGUAAAGAGGUUAACCAAGGAAAAAACUGUGUAUGAACGUGAAGCAGAACUACAAAAAACUCGUGUUGAGAAAUUUAAGGAACAGAAGAAAGACGAAUAUGACAUCAGAAAGCAAGAAGAAGUAUUAACUGAGUGUUUGAUGAUGGUACCAGAUUGUCAACGAAGACUAUUAACUGCUUUUGAAGACUUGAAGACUAUUCUUGAAACUGAACAAGAUUUGAAGGACACUGAAGACUAUUUAUCAGCUCAAAAGGUGGUGGAAGACGCAAGAAUGAAUUUCUUGAAAUAUCAAAAUUUUGUGAGUCGAACCACAAAUAUUGAACUACCUAUAAUUACUGAUCCAAGGACUAAUAUAUUACAAACAUUGUAUAGCCAGACUAAUGAUGAGCUGUGGAUUGAAUCUUGGUUGCAGCAGAAUGCUAUUUAUCAUUCUAUUCCCAAGAUUAAAAUCAACAAAGGUGCAAAUGUUAUUCCAAUUAAUGAUGCUCAGACUUCUUUGAAGGAAUGUCUCAUUCUUUUGGAUAAAUUGACAAAAACUCAACGAGAACUAGAAGAUAAAGUUGACAGAAUGUCAUCAAAUGAUUGGAAACAAAAAACUAUAGAAAUUGGUGUGAUAAAAGACCAAUUCACUAAGUUAAUUUCAAAGUUUGAGAGUGGAGAAUCAAUUUUCACCUUGAAAAAGUCUAUUGAAAAAAGGAAGAAAAAGCGAUUGACUCUAAAAAAGAAAAAAGAGUUCAAGAAGCAGCAGCAGGAAUUCAAAUUUCAUAACAGAGAUAAGCAGCAUAAAAUUGCUGACCAAUGGUUGAUCAGUAAAAAAGAAGAAGUUGAAAACAUCAAGAUGGAAGAAGAUAUGAAAAAAGAUGCUGACUGUGUUUUAGCAGAGGUGACUAAGAGGAAGUCUGAAGCAAGAAAACAGUUGACUCUUGUUUCAUCUCUAAUUAAAUUGAGGCUUGUUAGAGAUCACAUUGCCACUCAGAGAGGUGAUAAUUGUUCAUUAGAAGACAAAAAUGCUUUCAACAUCACCACAGAAAAAUUGAAGCUCAUGUGGGAAUCGGCUCUGCAGACAUACACCACUGAAGAGCAAGGUUUGAAAUUAAUGUUAGAGAAGACUGCUUCUGAAGACUCAAAGAUAGCUCGUCUGGCUAAGGAGAGAAAAUUGUUAGAAGAAUGGCAUGGAAUUUUUUUUGGACCAAGACGAGUGAUUUCUCCGGAAAAUACCACAUACUGGGCCUUAACUGCUGCUGAAAGGGAUACUGACACAUUUAUUGCCAUCAGGAAGAGCUGGGAUACUUUCUUGGUGUCUCCAACUAAUGAGAUGGGAUCGAAAAUACCAAUUGGUUGGGUUCUCCCAGACUCAAGUGCUAAUGAAAACUGGGCCAAGUAUCUUGCAAGUGCAUAGUUUAGUAUCCUGAUAAUUUGCUUUUUGUAUUUUUAAUAAACUAAUAAUUUCAGAUUGAU